UGGUGAAGGAAGUCCCAACCCGCUGCUGGUGCCCAGAGCAACGCUGCAGGGUCUGGGUCUGGGUCUGGGCAUGGAGGCGGAGCCGCCGCUCUACCCUGUGGCCGGGGCCGCAGGCCCUCAAGGGGAUGAGGACCGCCUCGGAGUUCCUGAUGGGCCAGAGGCUCCGCUGGACGAGCUGGUGGGCGCGUACCCCAACUACAACGAGGAGGAGGAGGAGCGUCGCUACUACCGCCGCAAGCGCCUCGGCGUGGUCAAGAACGUGCUGGCGGCCAGCGCGGGUGGCACGCUCACCUACGGUGUCUACCUGGGCCUCCUGCAGAUGCAACUGAUCCUGCACUAUGAUGAGACCUACAGGGAGGUGAAGUACGGCAACAUGGGGCUGCCGGACAUCGAUAGCAAGAUGCUGAUGGGUAUCAACGUGACUCCCAUCGCUGCCCUGCUCUACACACCUGUGCUCAUCAGGUUUUUUGGUACAAAGUGGAUGAUGUUCUUAGCUGUGGGCAUCUAUGCCCUCUUUGUCUCUACCAACUACUGGGAACGCUACUACACGCUGGUGCCCUCUGCUGUGGCUCUGGGCAUGGCCAUUGUGCCUCUCUGGGCCUCCAUGGGCAACUAUAUUACCAGGAUGUCCCAGAAGUACUAUGAGUACUCCCACUAUAAAGAGCAGGACGAGCAGGGGCCUCAGAAGCGCCCACCACGCGGCUCCCACGCACCCUAUCUCUUGGUUUUCCAGGCCAUCUUCUAUAGCUUCUUCCAUCUGAGCUUCGCGUGUGCGCAGCUGCCCAUGAUUUACUUCCUCAACUACUACCUGUAUGACUUGAACCACACGCUGUUCAACGUGCACAGCUGCGGCACUAAGAGCCAUGGCAUCCUGACUGGCUUCAACAAGACGGUUCUGCGGACAUUGCCACGCAGCCGAAACCUCAUUGUCGUAGAGAGUGUGCUUAUGGCAGUGGCCUUCUUGGCCAUGCUGCUGGUGCUGGGUCUGUGUGGAGCCGCUUACCGGCCCACAGAGGAGAUCGACCUGCGCAGCGUGGGCUGGGGCAACAUCUUCCAGCUGCCCUUCAAACACGUGCGUGACUUCCGCUUACGCCACCUGGUGCCCUUCUUUAUCUAUAGUGGCUUUGAGGUCCUUUUCGCCUGCACUGGUUUCGCCCUGGGUUAUGGCGUGUGCUCCGUGGGGUUGGAACGGCUGGCCUACCUGCUCAUAGCUUACAGCCUGGGUGCCUCUGCCGCCUCCUUUCUGGGGCUGUUGGGGCUGUGGCUGCCUCGCUCAGUGCCCCUAGUGGCUGGGGCAGGACUGCACCUGCUGCUCACCCUCAGCCUCUUUGUCUGGGCCCCAUUGCCUCGGGUCCUCCAUCACAGUUGGAUCCUUUACGUUGUGGCUGCCCUCUGGGGUGUGGGCAGUGCCCUCAACAAGACCGGACUUAGCACACUCCUGGGCAUCCUGUAUGAAGACAAAGAGAGACAGGACUUCAUCUUCACCAUCUAUCACUGGUGGCAGGCCGUGGCCAUCUUUGUCGUGUAUCUGGGCUCCGGCUUGCCCAUGAAGGCCAAGCUGGCAGUGUUGCUGGUGACCCUGGUAGCGGCAGCAACCUCCUACCUAUGGAUGGAACAGAAAUUGCAGCAAGGCCUGGUCCCGAGACAGCCGCGCAUUCCGAAGCCGCAGCACAAAGUGCGUGGCUACCGCUACCUGGAAGAAGACAACUCAGACGAGAGCGAUGUGGAUGGCGGAGGCGAGCAGGGCCCGGGGGACUGUGCGGAGGAGGAGACUCCACAGGCAGGGGCCCCGGGUGCAGAGCCAGCUGGCCCCUGCCGCAAGCCCUGUCCCUAUGAACAGGCUCUGGGUGGUGAUGGGCCUGAGGGGCAGUAAGAGACUCAGGGCCCUGCCUGGCCUGCAGUCUCCGCUUUCCCGCUUCUCAGCCUCAGUUUACUGUGUCUCAGGUUGAAGGUCCCCCUGAUUCCUGUUCCUUCUGCCAGAAGAGCCCUCCUUUCCCUCCCAGACAGAGCCUGGGGCCACCUGGAAGUUCCCCCAGGGAGAUGAGGGUCACCUUCCAGAACCCCCACCCUGUUUAAGGGGAAUGCCUCAGUCAGCCUAGAUCAGCGAGAUCCCCUUCCUACAUGUCACACCUCAGGGUGUGACAGCCUUUGACUGGAGCUUUGCAUGUCUUACCCACAGGUACCCCCACCUCAGAACAGGGACUAUUAUUUUUGAUAGAAAAUGGUCAAUAAAGAGUUUUGUAUUUUCUGGA